CUAAAACAUCCCCUUAGUUUUGAAGAUCAGCACUGAAAUUGCAGCCAAAAUAAGGUAGAGAACGAAGCGACCAACGGCUAUUCAGCUACAUACGAUAAAACCUUCCAAAACCCUAACGAAAUCCUCAAAUUUAACUUUCUAAUCAAUCAAUGGCCUUCUCAGUAUCGUCAAACCUAAUCCAAUUUCCAAAAAUCCCUACACGAUACGCUCCGAUGAACAAAUUUUUCAAAGGUGAUUCAAUUCGAUUUCCCGGAUUAUCCCAUCAAUUUCCCAGGUUGCCCACACUAUCUCCACCGAAUAACGUAAGGGUGAAAUGUGCUGCAUCCUCAGCUGCCGGAAGUUCUAGUUCAAACAACGAUUCUAAUCCGUAUGAGAUUCUUGGUGUAAAUGCCCUGGAGGGAUUCGACAUGGUAAAGGCAGCGUACACAAAAAAGCGGAAGGAUGCUGAGAGGAGAGGGGAUGAUGCAGCCGCUGCUCGAUUGGAAAAAGCUUAUGACAAGAUCAUGAUGUCACAAUUAAUGAAACGGAAGAAGGGUGAGACAUUUGGUUCAUUUAAGGUUUCUAAGGAUGUAAAGUAUGCUGAUAAGCAGCCAAUUGUACCAUGGGGCCCAAGGUUCACCAAGUCAGAUGUCAAAGAUAUAAGAAUCAACAUGGCAAUAUCGGCUGUAUUUACAGCUUGGAUUUUUAUCAAACGUUCUGCUGAAUAUAAACCAUUACAGUUCUUGGCCUUCGUGUUUGUAUAUCGGAUAUUUGAGAAGUUAAAGGCAUUCGAACCAUCUGCAUCAUCUACUGUUUCAGAAGAUGGUGAGGAUGAUGGGAGAAUGUUGCGAAUGGGAAAAAGGUUACUUCGAUCUCUGGCAUUGGUUUUCAGUUGUAUAGCUUUUGCAUCUUUGGGAUACACUGGCCUCUUAAAUGUCAUUGAAUUUUCUGUUGGUUAUGUACCCAUUUUCCUGUACAACAACCAGGAAUUGCUUAUAACUGCAUCCACGGCACUCUUUCUUUAUGUUCUAGCAUCAUACUACAGAUGAAGAACAUCCGCGUUUAUUCAGGGGAUGGUGCAGCGAUUUGCUUACGAGGAAUUUGUUUCAUUCGUGCCCAGUAAAUUUUGUAAUAGUAAGACAAUACAAAGUCUCAGAAACAGUUUUCAGAAUACACAAGAAUUUCAAACUGGCCGUGAGGGAAUUCAGUAACAUUUGGUGCUCGAUUAAUUUUUGCUUGUUAGUUCAUUUUAAGAUCUUUAUCGUAUUUUUGGGAGAGAUUUAUUCAA